CUCUUGUUACAGUUGCAGACGUUUAACAUCAGUGCUCCAUGUAAGACCAUCGAAGACCUUAGCAGUGGGAUGGCCAUGGCGCAAGUACUUCACCAGAUAGAUGGCUCUUGGUUUACCGAGUCUUGGCUGGGACGAAUAAAAGACGAGGUCGGGGAUAAUCGAAGGAUAAAGAUUAACAAUCUGAAGAAGAUUCUUCAAGGAAUUGUGGAUUAUUACAAAGAGGUUCUGGACCAGCACGUCUCCGAAUUCCUCCUUCCUGAUCUCAACCAGAUUGCAGAACAUUCGGACCCGACGGAAAUGGGGCGACUUUUACAGCUGAUACUGGGGUGCGCCAUCAACUGUGACAGGAAGCAAGAACACAUCCAGAUCAUCAUGACCCUGGAAGAGUCCGUACAGCACGUGGUGAUGACAGCCAUUCAGGAGCUGAUGAGUAAAGACAUUGUGGACUCUCCAUUGGUGGAGCUAGAAGGAGAUCUGGAGCAGCAGCUGAAGAAGACUCUGGAACUACUUCAGGAAGCAGAAGCUGAGAAAGAGGAGCUGAAGCAGAGGUGCCAGGAGCUGGACCUCCAGGUGACCGGCCUUCAGGAGGAGAGAAACAGCUUAUUGGCUGAAAACGAGGUGCAGAAUGAAAGGAUAAACCAAUUAGACUCCUUCGAUGAACCUUCCAAUAUGGCAGCUAAAAAAUAUUUUCAGACCCAGCUGGAUCAUCUACAGGAAGAAAAUUACAGGCUGGAAGCAGCAAAGGAUGAUUAUCGGGUUCACUGUGAAGAGCUGGAGAAACAGCUGAUUGAGACGCAGAACCGCAUGUGGAGUUGGCCAAUCUAGCCGAGGAGUCGAGGGCUUUAAAAGACGAAAUGGAUUUUCAUCAGGCAACAGCAGAUAAAGCCACCAAGCUGGAAUCCACCGUAGAAACGUACCGCAAGAAACUAGAGGACCUCAAUGACUUACGAAAACAAGUGAAAUCCUUGGAGGACACAAAUUUAAUGUACAUGCACAAUACAGUGAGCCUGGAAGAGGAUCUGAAGAAGGCCAACACCACUCGCACUCAACUGGAGACCUACAAGCGGCAGGUCCAGGAUCUCCACACCAAACUUUCCAUGGAAACCAAGAGAGCGGACACCUUGGCAUUCGAACUGACCAAACUGCGCGAGAAGCAGGACGCACUGGUGAAGGAAAAAGAGCGGCUGAUUAACCAACGUGACGCUCUGAAGGAAACCAAUGAGGAGCUGAGAUGUUCUUUGGUGCAGCAAGACCACCUAAGUCAGUCUGGAGAUUCUGGACUAAAAAAUAUUGACAAUCUUGCCGCAGAGCUCCUUCCGGUAGAGUAUCGGGAGAUGUUCAUCAGACUCCAGCAUGAAAAUAAAAUGCUCCGCGUGCAGCAGGAGGGUUCGGAGAAUGAGCAGAUCACCGAGCUGCAGACACAGCUGGAGGAGAAGCAGAGGAAGAUGAGUGAGAUGGAGACGGAAAACAGAUUAAACCUGGGCCGUGUGGAGGAGUUACAGCAGCAGAUCGCGGAUCUCCAGAAAACAUUACAGAAUCAGGACACAGAAGCAGAAGGAGCGGGGGUGAGUGUCAUAAACAGGGCUGCCAUUAGGAAUCUGGAAGAGCUAAAGGAGGUUCAUGAUGCUAUAGAGACCAAUAAAGAGCUUCUGGAAGAUCUUCAACCAAAAGCCGAUCAGAACGCCCAACGGGUGGAGGAACUGGAAGCGGCUCUGCGUAAGAAGGAUGACGACAUGAAAGCAAUGGAAGAUCGCUAUAAGAUCUAUCUGGAGAAGGCCAGGAAUGUAAUAAAGACUUUAGAUCCCAAGCUGAACCCGGCCUCCGCGGAGAUCAUGUUACUGCGGAAGCAGCUGACCGAGAAGGAUCGCAAGAUCGAAAUGCUGGAGAGUGACUGUCGGCAGGCGAAGCUGCGGGAAUACGAGGAGAAGCUGAUUGUGACAGCCUGGUACAACAAGAGUUUAUCUUUGCAGAAUAUAGAGCACCAGAAGCUGGCAAUGGAGUCCCGCUUAGCAGGACGAGGAGGGAACGGCUCCUCAGGACGAUCGUUCCUGGCCCAGCAGCGCCACGUCACCAACGCCAGGAGGAACGUCUCCGUCACGGUUCACGCCGCCACUCCUAAUUAA